GCCCGCGCGUGGAGGCGCUUUUUGAAGCGCAGAGUCUCGGGACCCCGAGGCGAAAGGAGUAGCAGGGUUGAGCUGACUGAGCUCAGAGGUCACCGGGUCAUCCGGGGUGCGGCGGCGAGUGACCAGCGCGUCCUCCUCCCCUCCCGCCUCUCCCGGCGUGGCGCUCGCUAGUGACGUUGUGGGUAUGAUGGCCGCCGCGAGGCCGGGAAGGUGAAGGUGAAGUCAGCACCAACCAGGACCUGAAACAGCACAGAAGAGGAGACCUCAGCUUCUUUUCAUCCUUUUGACUCCAGCCAAGUCCAUGAUGCCCACCCUGUGAAGGUCUCUUAGCAUCUAAAAACUUCUUCUCUGAUCCCGUUGUGCCAGCAGACGAUCUGUGGAUCCGUUUUAUUUUCCCUGCUAGGAGUUGCUGUUCAUAAAACUGGCGCAAUGUCCCUGCUCUUCUCUCGAUGCAACUCUAUUGUCUCCAUCAAGAAAGACAAGCGACACAUGGCUGAGGUGAAUGCUUCCCCACUCAAGCACUUCGUCACUGCCAAGAAGAAGAUCAAUGGCAUCUUUGAGCAGCUGGGGGCCUACAUCCAGGAGAGUGCCAGCUUCCUUGAGGACACCUACAGGAAUGCAGAGCUGGACCCGGUGACAACUGAAGAGCAGGUUCUGGAUGUCAAAGGCUACCUGUCCAAGGUCAGGGGCAUCAGCGAGGUGCUGGCCCGGCGGCACAUGAAGGUGGCUUUUUUUGGCCGGACGAGCAAUGGGAAGAGCACUGUCAUCAAUGCCAUGCUCUGGGACAAAGUUCUGCCCUCUGGGAUUGGCCACACCACUAAUUGCUUCCUGCGGGUGGAGGGCACAGAUGGCCAUGAGGCCUUCCUCCUCACUGAGGGCUCGGAGGAAAAGAGGAGUGUCAAGACUGUGAACCAGCUGGCCCAUGCCCUCCAUCAGGAUGAACAGCUACAUGCCGGCAGCUUAGUGAGUGUGAUGUGGCCUAACUCCAAGUGCCCACUUCUGAAGGAUGACCUCGUGCUGAUGGACAGCCCUGGGAUUGAUGUCACCACAGAGCUGGACAGCUGGAUUGACAAGUUUUGCCUGGAUGCUGACGUGUUUGUGCUGGUGGCUAACUCGGAGUCUACACUGAUGCAGACGGAGAAGCAGUUCUUCCACAAAGUGAGUGAGCGUCUCUCCCGGCCUAACAUCUUCAUCCUGAACAACCGCUGGGAUGCGUCUGCCUCAGAGCCUGAGUACAUGGAGGAGGUGCGGAGGCAGCACAUGGAGCGCUGCACUGGCUUUCUGGUGGAUGAGCUGGGUGUGGUGGAUCGAGCCCAGGCUGGGGACCGCAUCUUCUUUGUGUCUGCCAAGGAGGUACUCAAUGCCAGGAUCCAGAAAGCCCAGGGCAUGCCGGAAGGAGGGGGUGCUCUUGCAGAAGGCUUUCAAGUGAGGAUGUUUGAAUUUCAGAAUUUCGAGAGGAGAUUUGAGGAGUGCAUCUCCCAGUCUGCAGUAAAAACCAAAUUUGAGCAGCACACAGUCCGGGCCAAGCAGAUCGCAGAGGCCGUUCGCCUUAUCAUGGACUCCCUGCACAUCGCAGCUCAGGAGCAGCGGGUUUACUGCCUGGAAGUGCGGGAAGAACGGCAAGAUCGACUGAGAUUUAUUGACAAACAGCUGGAGCUCCUGGCCCAAGACUAUAAACUACGAAUUAAACAGAUUACGGAAGAAGUGGAAAGGCAGGUAUCCACAGCCAUGGCUGAGGAGAUCAGGCGCCUCUCUGCACUGGUGGACGAGUACCAGAUGGACUUCCACCCAUCCCCAGUCGUCCUCAAGGUUUAUAAGAAUGAACUGCACCGCCACAUAGAGGAAGGCUUAGGCCGGAACAUGUCUGACCGCUGCUCCACAGCCAUCACCAGCUCCCUGCAGACCAUGCAGCAGGACAUGAUAGAUGGCUUGAAGCCCCUCCUUCCUGUGUCUGUGCGGAAUCAGAUAGACAUGCUGGUCCCUCGCCAGUGCUUCUCCCUCAGCUAUGACCUGAACUGUGACAAGCUGUGUGCCGACUUUCAGGAGGACAUAGAGUUCCACUUUUCUCUUGGAUGGACUAUGCUCGUCAACAGGUUCCUGGGCCCCAAGAACAGCCGCCGGGCCUUGAUGGGCUACAACGACCAGGUUCAGCGUCCCGUCCCUCUGACACCUGCCAACCCCAGCAUGCCUCCCUUGCCACAAGGCUCACUCACCCAGGAAGAACUCAUGGUCUCCAUGGUUACCGGCCUGGCCUCUCUGACAUCCAGGACCUCCAUGGGCAUUCUCGUGGUCGGAGGAGUGGUGUGGAAGGCAGUGGGCUGGCGACUCAUCGCCCUUUCUUUUGGACUCUAUGGUCUCCUGUACGUCUAUGAGCGUCUGACCUGGACUACCAGGGCCAAGGAGAGGGCCUUCAAACGCCAAUUUGUGGAGUACGCCAGUGAGAAGCUCCAGCUCAUUAUCAGCUAUACCGGCUCCAACUGCAGCCACCAGGUCCAGCAGGAACUGUCUGGGACCUUUGCCCAUCUGUGCCAGCAAGUGGACAUCACCAGGGACAAUCUGGAGCAGGAGAUCGCAGCUAUGAAUAAGAAAGUUGAGGCUCUAGAUUCCCUUCAGAGCAAAGCAAAAUUGCUCAGGAAUAAAGCUGGCUGGUUGGACAGUGAGCUCAACAUGUUCACACACCAGUACCUGCAGCCCAGCAGAUAGUGGGCAGCUGGGACGGGGCCUGCAUGGAGAAGGGGCAGGGCUGCCUGCCUACCAUCAACUUCUGUCCCUGGCCAUUGCAGAGAAGUAAGCGCCCACUGUCUCGUAUCGUUUUGAGCCCUUUGGCACCAGUUACUCCCCACCCCGACCCCUGCAGGAAAACCCUCUGCCUCAAACCCCAAAGGAGACUUUGAUGACAACUGGACAGCUCGGCACCAAGGAGUCGUGCGAGGCCAUGUCUGCUUACCGUGUGCGCUUGGUUGAGGUUCACUUGAUAAGGCCUCGGAUCACAGUGGCCCUACAGAAUGACUGAUGGAGCCUUCACAUGUAUCAGGCAGACACUCCAUCUUCUCCAGCCCUAGUCCACCUGCCCACCUUUGUACUCCAGCACACCUACAGAGAGAGACCGUGUUUGGGGUGACUGGACUUCCUUCCCAGAAGAAUUCAAGAUAGUUCUGGAAGGGCCAAGUGUGUCCCAGGGAUUAUAUGUUGUGGUGUUUGCCCCCAGCUUUAGCGCUUUGUCCCACGUGCAGUCUUUCCGCUGUGCUUGGUAUCCAGGCUCAGCAAACACCCCAGGCUUUAGCCUCAGGCAGCUCAUGUGGGAAGGUAGGGACACUGGAGCCAGCCAGAGCAGAGGGAGGAGCUCAGGAGAAGGUGUGUGGAUCUGGUGUCAGAGUGAUGGUACUGUGGAUGGCUGGCAUCACAGUGAGGUGAACUUGCCUCUUCUUGCCACUGAGGCCCUUGCUUUGUUUCAGCCCUUGGUCCCUUAGUCCUGGUUUAUUAUUUAUGAGAGCAAGUUCAGUCCAGGUGGUUGAAGGAUGUAGAAGGAGGGAUGGUGGAAGAUGGGGGCUACCCAGGAUGGUUGGAGGUUGGUGCAGAAGAGAGCCCUCCCUCUGACUUCCCUCUGAGAGUCUUGCUGGCCCCACUAACGAGUGUGUCCCCACUUUGCUCCAAGCUCCCCUAGAUAACCAUUCUCUGAACUGUAUCCUGUACCUCAUGACUGCAGCUGGCCACAAGACAGCCACAAUCAGUGUCUCACAAUCCCAAUGAAUGUUGUGUUCUUUUUGAAAGAAAAAAAAAUUAGAAUAAAUAUGAAUUUUUUUUCAGUGUAGCCCAAGAAAUGAAUGAAAUUUUGAGCUUAUACAGUAGGUAAACUUUAUACCACCAAGGGAAAGAAGUUUCUGAGAGAAGUUUAGCAAAGCACUUUAGUUUCUUGCUGCUAACUGUUCUGUGCUCCUUCUCUGGGGUGCAAACAGAGCUUGACACAGUGAGCUUGCUUCCGGUGUAGUCAAGGUGAUGCGCCUGCCUGAGUUACCUGUGUCGCUGCUGAUCGUAUUGGAAACUAAAAUAAAGCCCAAGUUGUGACCCUG